CAAAUUAAAUGCAAGUCAUGUGACUUUCAAAAUGGCUACUUUCCUAAAAAUGCCGAACUGCUAUUUCGGCCGAACUUUGGCAUUUAUUUAUAUUGUUAUAACUUCGCAAAGUUUGUUUUCAUUUGUUAAAGGAACGUAUCCAACUGUACAAAGUCGUGGUCAGCCAUGGCCUAUGCCUCGAAUGUAUGAACCUAGCUCUGUGGUUUUAAGUUUAAACGUUGCUGAUUUUGAGUUCAGAAGUGUAGGCGAGGUUGACUGUGACAUCCUCCGGGAUGCGUACGUCAGAUACAACAAACUAACAUUUGGCGGAUUCAAGAAGCCAAAACAAAAUGAAAGAUUACAGUCUCUGAAAUUCCAACCAGAAAAAGCUACAAAUCAAAUAGUCAAUUUCCUAGAAGUUGCAGUGGAAAAACCUUGUACUGGAAGAAUUUUCCCUACCCUUGAGUCGGAUGAAUCUUAUACUCUGAUUGUUUCAUCUGAAACAUCACGGAUUGAGUCAAAAGAAGUAUGGGGUGCUCUUCGUGGCCUAGAAACAUUCAGUCAGCUGGUUUAUCAGUUAAAUACAGGGGCGCUUGUGGUCAACCAGUCUUUAAUACUUGACUCACCAAGGUUUUCUCAUCGAGGCCUUCUAUUGGAUACAUCCAGACAUUUUAUAUCUAAACGUUACAUACUACGCACUUUGGAUGCUAUGGCUCAAAAUAAACUGAAUGUCUUUCAUUGGCACAUAGUGGAUGAUCCAUCAUUUCCUUUUGUCAGUCAAACUUUCCCAAAUUUAAGCUUACAGGGAGCUUUCCAUCCUGAGUCCCAUGUGUACACUCCUGCAGAUGUGGCUAGUGUUAUAGAAUAUGCUAGAAUUCUUGGCAUUAGAGUGAUGGUUGAGUUUGAUACACCAGGUCACACAGAGUCUUGGGGCAAAGGUCAGGAUCAGCUUCUUACUGAAUGUUACUCUCAGGGAAAAUUUAAUGGCAACUAUGGACCAAUAAAUCCUGCACUAGAAUCAUCAUUCACCUUCUUGUCUUCCUUCUUCAAAGAAGUCAGUGAAACUUUUGUAGAUCAUUAUAUCCACUUGGGAGGUGAUGAAGUCAGCUUUGACUGCUGGGAGAGCAAUCCAGUUGUACAGCAGUUCAUGAGAAGCCAGAAUUUCACCCAGUUCUCCCAGCUAGAACAGUACUACAUGCAGAGACUGUUGGAUAUAAUCGGUUCCCUGCAGAAGGGUUACAUCAUGUGGCAAGAAGUGAUUGAUAAUGGAGCCAAAGUUCGGGACGACACUGUUGUCCAUGUGUGGAAAGAUGGCUGGCAGAAAGAAAUGAGUGACGUGACCCAGUUGGGUUACAAAACUUUGCUGUCGUCAUGCUGGUAUCUCAACCUGAUUCAGUACGGAAGUGACUGGGUUGAUUACUACAACUGUGAACCACUCAACUUUAAUGGUACAGAUAAACAAAAAUCACUGGUAGUUGGUGGCGAGGCUUGUAUGUGGGGAGAGUAUGUGGACAACACUGUGGUACUGCCUAGGACUUGGCCUAGAACGUCAGUUGUUGCUGAACGCUUAUGGAGUCCAGCUAAUGUCAAUGAUUACAGAGCAGCCCUUCCUCGCCUCUCUGAGCAGAGAUGUCGUAUGAUUAGGCGUGGAUUUCCUGCUGAAGAAAUCAAUGGGCCAGGAUUUUGUAGUGUUGAAUAUGAAGAUGUUUAAUCCAAGUAAAAACAUUCCAAAUGUAAUGAUUUAUUAUUGCCAGCUUAGACUGAACUUAAAGAACAAACAUUUAAUGUAACAGGUUCUGUUACAAAAUUAUUUACUGUUAAAUGCCUACUCGAGGUCUGAAUAAUGUAUCCACUUUAUAUACAAGUAGACUAGCUGUAAUAUCAGUAUUUUUUGGGUGGGAGUUGUUACCAACUACAACAGGGUUAUCUGCUUUUGUGUAUUUAUACUUAAUGCCAAUUAAACGUAUUUACUCUUCAGUGUUACUGUAAUUUUAUGCCAUUCGUGUUUUAAAUUUUUUUACGGCUUUGUAAGAAAUUGUUUUUAAAUUAAAAUAUUUUUGCAUCUCCACA